AUGAUUAUAAUCUUCAGUGAAGUUGGGGAGUACUACUGUUUGUAACUUUCUCGUGAUGAUUGGAAGCUUUGGAGGCAUCUGUAUUUAGCCUGGAGUCAUAGCAUCUAUGGAUGGCUGCUAUCUGUUCUAUUGCAGGCAAGGGACCUGAAACUCUUUAUGCGGGGCAGAAACUAAACGACAAUGAGUGGCACACUGUUCGGGUAGUUCGACGUGGAAAGAGCCUCAAACUGAUGGUGGAUGAUGACGUUGCUGAGGGCACAAUGGUUGGUGAUCACACCCGCUUGGAGUUCCAUAACAUCGAGACAGGGAUCAUGACGGAGAAACGUUACAUUUCUGUCAUCCCUUCUAGCUUUAUUGGUCACCUUCAGAGCCUCAUGUUCAAUGGGAUGCUCUACAUUGACCUGUGCAAGAAUGGUGAUAUUGACUACUGUGAACUGAAGGCACGCUUUGGUCUCCGCAACAUUAUAGCUGACCCUGUGACAUUCAAGACUAAGAGCAGCUACUUGAGUCUGGCCACCUUGCAGGCUUAUACAUCCAUGCACCUCUUCUUUCAGUUCAAGACCACUUCAGCUGAUGGUUUCAUACUCUUUAACAGCGGUGAUGGUAAUGACUUCAUUGCAGUUGAGCUAGUCAAGGGCUAUAUACACUAUGUGUUUGACCUUGGGAAUGGACCCAAUGUUAUUAAAGGCAACAGUGACCGUCCUCUCAAUGACAACCAGUGGCACAAUGUUGUCAUCACCAGAGAUAACAGUAACACACACAGUCUAAAGGUGGACACUAAGAUGGUCACUCAAGUUAUCAAUGGAGCCAAAAAUCUGGAUCUUAAGGGUGAUCUCUACAUUGCUGGUCUAGCUCAAGGCAUGUACAGCAACCUUCCAAAGCUAGUGGCCUCACGUGACGGAUUUCAGGGCUGUCUAGCAUCUGUGGACUUGAAUGGGCGUCUGCCUGAUCUAAUAAAUGACGCUCUGCACCGCAGUGGGCAGAUUGAACGUGGAUGUGAAGGACCAAGCACUACCUGCCAAGAAGAUUCCUGUGCAAAUCAGGGUAUCUGUAAUCAGCAGUGGGAAGGCUUCACUUGUGAUUGCUCCAUGACUUCAUAUUCUGGGAGCCAGUGUAAUGACCGUAAGUCAUUUUUUUCCAUUGGAUUACAGAGAGCAGUGAGUUCUGAUAGAUUAGAGCACAGAGAAUACACAAUUAGUUUUACUUACAGUGGAAAUAAAGUCUUUCCAGUGGUAAAUCCAAAUUUUAUUUCCUCAAAAGGUUUCUUGAAGCAUGCAGCAAGUUAUUUUUCCAUUGCUAAAAUGAACAUGUGGAAGCAUAUAUUUGAUAUACGUGUAUUUUGGAGGUGGUUCUUGCCUUUGACAACCAGAUCAAUGAUAGUAAUUGAUGUUAAUGGAAUACUGAGUUUAGAGAAACAAAUUGACUUGUGUGUAUUAUGUAUACUAUUAACAUAGGUACAAAAUAUCUAUAUCUUGUAUGCUGAAUUAUGCUUUGAUGUUUUCAUUCAAGCUUUUCUGGCAGAGAAACGACAUUGAUAUAAAACUGCUUAGCACUGUUCUAGAUUUUCUGUAUGCAAUGAUGAAUGUUUAGGAAUUGGUUGCUAGUAACAGUGUUUUACUUCCUUGUAUUCUUCCCAAAACAUUGGAUCUUAUGUUAUUGGCCAAUGACUACUAAGGUAAACUUGCUAAAACAGUUAAACAAAAACCUGAAGCCCUCUUUUGGCCCUCAAAUGUUUGUCUGUUCAUUCUGAUAAGACAUUUGCUCCUGGAAGCAGGAAGCAGAUCACAUUAGCUCUGUUUUCUCUCAGCUUCUGUUAAGCAGGUAGCUAGUUCCCAUUUCCUUCCCUGCUCCAAGGCAUGGAAGCAAAGAAGCACACACCAUCAGUGCUGUAAUAAGCAUAAUUGUAAUCAUCAAUAAUUUGGCUUAUUGUGUGCAGAAACUUUAAGGCUGGAAAAGUAUGACCACCUGCAUUUCAUAAGCUGCUGCUUUUGAUUAUGUAUAUUUAUGAGAGAAUUUAUUAGGAAUAACAGUAAGGUGUGUGAUAUUAGCGCAGUGUCAUACUUGUAUCCUUCUCCUUGGAGUCUUAGAUAUGGCUGAAUUGAUGACAAAAAUGGCAAACUGUUUAACAAGUAUUCACAGUCUGUUCCUGCUGAAGGCCAGAAAGCCUGCAUUUCUGUGACUCUUUCAUCAAUUGAAAUGUUACUUGAAUUGCUCUCCCCUUUCUCCCAGUAUAGUUGCCUCAAACAAGUAUUGAAAAGGCUGCUCUGUGCUUCAGCACUGGCUGUAUAAGAAGGGUACUACAGACACAGAUCUAGAGGCUCCAGUGUCAGAUCUGUUUUUAGAUUAAUUUGGAAUCUAGAAUGACUCAGUUCGGUCUAAAAGAAACAUUUAAUAUCAGAGCAACAGGAUGUGACACUGAUUUUCUGCAUUUUUGUUUUAAUUUUUUUUUUGGGGGGGGGAGAGCAGAAUAAGAGGUAUGUGAGGGGAUCUGGAAACCCUGUUGGACAUUCAGCUCUCCAUUCCUGCACCCCUCUUGUUCAGAGAGUUCAGUUUAGUACUGCUAAGCAUAACACCUUAAAACAAUGGUGUAAAAUAAGUGCUUCUUUGGAAUGUAUUGGACUGUAUUUAAGUAUGUGAUGUGGAAAUCUCUGAAGAGAGAUACUGCAGUUUUGUUUCAAAUGUGUUGGACUUCACAUCUCCAGAAUGCUCUAGUGCCUUUGUUAGGCUGUUGUUAAUGACUUAAAGCAGGUUCUCGGAUGUCAAAAAACCAGGUUCCCAUGGCUGUAAUUGAAGAUUCCUUGUUGCUUUUUAGAGCUGAUGUUUAGAAACCAUGCAGAUCAGAGGUGGUAGUUCAAUUGAAGAGGAGGUGAUUUGAGCAAGGUAGUAGUCAGCUUCCUAGUAUCUGGCCUGUCUGGUGAUUUAGAAAUGCUGACAGGAGGUUGUGGGUUUUAAAAUGGACUGGAAAGGUAAGUCACAUGGAUUCCUGAAACACAAUGGGACUUCAACCAGGAUCAUCAAAACGUGCGUAUAACCUUCUUGUGUAUUCUUUUUUUUAGUGAGUCUUUGCUUUGUAUCAGG